AUGAAGACCCCAGCUCCUGCCUGUGCCUGUGGCAUCGUGCUGGCCCUGCUCUCGCGACUGGCCGUCCUCCAGACCGCUCGUGCCCAGAAGAAUGACAUCGACAUCUACAGCCUCACUGUGGACUCCAAGGUCUCAUCCCGAUUUGCCCACACGGUCAUCACCAGCAGGGUGGUCAACAGAGCUGAUGCUGCGAAGGAGGUCACCUUCCAGAUGGAGCUGCCCAAGAAAGCCUUCAUCACUAACUUCUCUAUGAUCAUCGAUGGUGUGACCUACCCAGGGAACAUCAGGGAGAAGAUUGCAGCCCAAGAGCAGUACAGCGCGGCUGUGGCCAGGGGAGAGAGCGCUGGCCUCGUCAAGGCCACUGGGAGAAAGGUGGAGCAGUUCCAGGUAUCGGUCAAUGUGGCUCCUGCUGCCAAGGUCACCUUUGAGCUGGUGUAUGAGGAGUUGCUCAAGCGGCAUCUGGGAGCAUAUGAGCUGCUGUUGAAAGUCCGGCCCCAGCAGCUAGUCAAGCACCUGCAGAUGGACAUUCACAUCUUCGAGCCUCAGGGCAUCAGCUUUCUGGAGACAGAGAGCACCUUCAUGACCAAUGAACUUGAAAAGGCCCUCACCAUCUCACAGAACGAGACCAAGGCUCACAUCCGAUUCAAGCCAACACUCUCCCAGCAACAGAAUUCUCCAGAGCUACAGGACACAGUCGUGGAUGGCAACUUCAUCGUCCGCUAUGACGUGAACCGGACCCUCUCUGGAGGUUCCAUUCAGAUUGAGAAUGGCUACUUUGUGCACUACUUUGCCCCCGAGGGCCUGUCCGGGAUACCCAAGAAUGUGAUCUUUGUCAUUGACAAGAGUGGCUCCAUGAGCGGCAAGAAAAUCCAGCAGACCCAGGAAGCCCUGAUCAAGAUCCUAGAGGACCUCAGCCUCAAAGACCAGUUCAACCUCAUUAGCUUCAGCGGGGAAGCAACCCAGUGGAAGCCAUCGCUGGUGCCAGCUUCAGCCGAGAACGUGAAAGAGGCCAAGAGCUAUGCUGCCAACAUCCACGCCCAGGGAGGCACCAAUAUCAACGACGCGAUGCUGAUGGCCGUGCAGCAGCUGGACAAAGCCAACCGGGAGGAGCUGCUGCCCUCGGGGAGCGUCUCCCUCCUCAUCCUCCUCACUGAUGGCGACCCCACCAUGGGUGAGACCAACCCCACAAAGAUCCAGAAGAAUGUGCAGGAUGCCAUCAACGGCAAGUAUAGCCUCUUCUGCCUGGGCUUCGGCUUCGACGUCAGCUACGCCUUCCUGGAGAAGCUGGCGCUGGACAACGGCGGCCUGGCCCGGCGCAUCUACGAGGACUCGGACUCCUCCCUGCAGCUGCAGGACUUCUACCAGGAGGUGGCCAACCCACUGCUGACAGCGGUGACCUUUGAGUACCCAAACAAUGCCGUGGAGGAGGUCACAAAGGACAACUUCCGGCUGUUCUUCAAGGGCUCAGAGAUGGUGGUGGCUGGAAAGCUCCGGGACCAGGACUCUGAUGUGCUCUCAGCCAAAGUCAGUGGGCAGCUGCCCAUGCAGAACAUCACCUUCCAAACGGAGUCCAGAGUGACAGAGCAGGAGGACAAGUUCCGAAGCCCCAAGUACAUCUUCCACGGCUUCAUGGAGAGACUCUGGGCAUACCUGACCAUCCAGCAACUGCUGGAGAAAAUGGUUUCUGCAUCAGAUGCUGAUAAGAAGGCACUCAAGACCCAAGCUCUGGGCUUGUCGCUCAACUACAGCUUUGUCACCCCCCUCACAUCCAUGGUGGUCACCAAACCUGAAGGCCAACAACAGUCUCAAGUUGCUGAGAAGCCCGUGGAAAAUGGUGGGUGUGAGAAUGGGCUCCUAGCCUCUGUGCCUCGUUUUCGCACACACUAUGAUAGUACCUCGGUUCCGGGGCUAAUGCUCAAGUUAGCUGCUCCUGUAUUAGCACAUGCCUCCUCCAGUCCCGAUGAAGCGUUAGAUGACAUGGAUUUAAGAAUCAAAGAAACAAGCCCAACAGCCCUACUACCAGCCCCCAUCCAGGCUCCUUUUGUCAUCCUGCCUCUGCCUGGCCAGAGCGUGGAAAAGCUGUGUGUGGACAUCAACCGCUCUCAGGGGCCAAUGAGCCUGCUCUCAGACCCUGACCAAGGUCUCGAGGUGACUGGCCAGUAUGACAUGGAGAAAGCCCAGUUCUUAUGGAUAGAGGUGACCUUCAAGAAACCCCAGCUGCAGGUCCACGUGUCCCCUGAGCAUGUGGUAGUGACUCGGGACCGAAGAAGCUCUGCAUAUAAAUGGAAGGAGACGCUGUUCUCGGUGAUGCCCAACCUCAAGAUGACCAUGGACAAGGCAGGGCUCCUGCUGCUCAGCAGCCCAGACAAAGUGACCAUCGGCCUGCUGUCCUGGGAUGGCCCUGGGCAGGGGCUUCGGCUGCUUCUGCAGGACACUGACCGCUUCUCCAGCCAUGUCGGCGGGAUCCUUGGCCAGUUUUACCAGGACGUGGUCUGGGGGCCCACAGCAGCAGCAGAUGACAGCAAGCGAACACUGAGGGUUCAGGGGCAUGACCACCCUGCCACCAGAGAGCUCAAGCUGGAUUACCAAGAAGGGACCCCGGGAACAGAGAUUUCCUGCUGGUCUGUGGAGCUAUAGUCUUGACGAG